AGGAGAAGAAGAAUAAGAAGUAAACGAAGGGGAGUAGAAGAAGUAGAAGGACAAACAAGAAGAAGAAGAAGAAGAAGAAAGAGCAGCGACGGAGCAGAGAUGAGAGAACUCAGCGGCUGUAUGCUACAGCAGAGGACUGGAGCCAUGUUGACUGCUGUCCUGCUGAGCUGCUGUCAUUGAUCGGGUCACAGUAGAAGUCAGUGCACGUCUUGCAGCACCGUCAUGUGUCUGAACCGACUGUUAUUCUGGCCUCAUGUGAUGUUUGCUGUCAGCCACACUGCAGCAGCUAAAUACAAGUACACCAGGCCUGCUGAUGGACCAGCUGCGGAGGCCAUGAGACGGGCAGCAUCAGCGAUGUCUGUCAAGUUCCUCCUGCGACACGCCUUCAGGUUGGAGAGGAAACAUGUGGCCACGCAUUUAGUCCAGCAGAGGGCUUUGUCAGAGGCAGAUGCUGUCAAUGCACUCAGACCAUUUUAUUUUGCAGUCCAUCCUGACUUUUUCGGUCAACAUCCUAGGGAACGGGAAGUGAAUGAGAAUUCAUUAAAGAGGCUGAAUGGCUAUCUGGACAACCUGCAGAAGCCUGGCCCACGCUCAGUUCAGCCAAUGAAGCUUACCUUUUAUGUCAGGGACACUAAGGACAGCAGUGAUGUGCAGCCAGACCUCUUCACCUCAGGGUUCCGCUCUGUGAGUUUCACCCUGCAAACAAAUGAUGUCUUGGGCACAGUGAUGAAUGUCUUGAAGUCCUGCAGCCUGCCCAUGGAACAUAUGAGGGGAAUGAAAGCCGGUGCAGAGACAUCUGGAAGUCCACCUGAGGCCGGAGUGCCUUUCUACAGACCUAUCAAAUGGGAUAAGAGUUACUACACCUUCACUGGCUUCAGAGACCCUGAGGAGGAGCUGCAGCAGGCCAGGAGAGUGGAGCUUACACUCAGCUCGUGGCUGAGAAACAAUGAGCCCAUGGCGACAAAGAAGCACGGUGCAAGUCUUCCUCGGAGGGAAGAGCUAGACAGACUGAAGAAGGAGCUGUGUCACAAAUUUGAUCUGGAUGAUAUCAGGUGGCAGCGAAGCUGGGGAGUGGCCCACAGGUGCUGUCAGCUUCAGAGUCUGAGCCGACUGUCUCAGCAGAACCCCGAAGCCCUGAUCCACCUGCAAGGGCACACCGUUGUGUUUGCUGACCAGUCAGGAAUGAACGCCUCUGGACAUGUCAUGCUAGGAACCAUGGAUGUUCAUCAUCAGUGGACCAAAGUGUUUGAGCAGCUGUCCAGCUAUCGCAGCCUGCAGCAGCAGACAGACUGGCUGAAAGAAAGGAUCAGCCUUCUCCUGGGCGGAACUCAGGUAAUCCACGUGGAGAGGCUGGCACCAGUCAGGCCCAUCGCUGAGCACUACAGCACCCUGAGCACCUUCUACAGGAGCCUCAUGUCCAGCCCCCUUCGCCUGCACCCCAGGAGCCUGCAGGGGACCACCAUGUUGUUGGAGAAUGACCGCUCUAACCCCAGUCUCCAUGAGUUGGGGCACUUCAUUAUCCCCACCAACUGUGACCCUCCAAAGCUGCUGGUCUUCCUCCAGAGCCACGCCUCCGAGGCCAGACAGCGCACCCAACGCAAAAUACAGCUGCAGGUGGAGGAGGAGGCUGUUAUGAAGCUGUGUCUCCAAAAUCUGUCUUUGAGGAGCCUGUCCAAGGAGCCCAGCAUCAGCUCCAGUCAGAUGGUCCAGUGCUGUAAACGACUGGUGGAACAGCGUUACCCCCUCUUGCAGGGCCUCCACAUCUGUGUGUCUCACUUCUACUCUGUCAUGCAGGACGGAGACAUGUGUGUCCCCUGGGACUGGAAGAGCUGAGUUGAGGGACAUGGUCCCCAGCUGCAGGGUUCCCAGGCAGUCCAAGUGUUGGAAGUUUAAUAUAAUUCAGCCAGCAAAUGGGCCCAUUAGACAGGAUCGUCUGUUAGAUAGCAGGUGGUCACAACAGAUUUAAAGUGUGUAGUUCUCAUGUUAAACCUUUUGGAGACAAAAAUGUUGAGUUCUUCAUUCAAGCUGACCAGUGUGGGUUCAUCCAAUAUGAAGCACUUUAUCCUCUCACUGGAAAUGCCAAACAAAGUGCAAUGUGUUUCCCAAGCAGGGAGUGAGGAAAAUUAUUCAUGAGAAAAGGAGCAAGUAAAUAGUAUCCUGCUGCAUAAAAUUAGGUUAUUUUUUGUAAUAUUCUCAGAUCUCCUCUCCAAAAUACUGGAAACCUUCUGAGAACUAAACAACUCAACACUGACAUCUGCAGGUGAGUCAUCUGCAGAGGACGUCAGCCAGGGGGAGCAUACACCCGGGAACUAAAUUGAUCAGAAAGAUUGACCCAUGAGGCUAACCAUAAAAAAUGUCCAAUUUGACAGAAUAAAAGGACCUGUUUAAAGUGAUGCAGAUCUGUCCACCAACGCUUCAGUCUGUUUAACAGAAUGACCUUGGUCCACAUUCACUAAAAUAUCAUCAGUGACUUUAAGACGUGUGCUAUGAUUCCAAACCAGACUGAAACUUUUCAAAGAUACUAUUGUUUUUCAUGGCAACAAGAAGCUGCUGAGAUCUUGAGAACUUUAGAAAUAAAAGGCAGGUUUUAAAUUGGGUGGUAAUUAUCUAAGAAGAUGAGAUCCAGCUCACGUUCCUUUGGGAUGCGUCAGACAUGUUUUAAAGUACUCAUGCAGUAGAGAGCGAGCUGUUACAUGGAUGCCCUCAUGGGACAUGAUUUCAUGAGUUCAGGCAGAGUGACAGGGAAAGAUGAAGGGUCUCUGUGGGUGGUGAACAUUUAAAAGGCAGGGUUGACAGUGACACAUAUUGUCAUACUGACUCCAGCUUUACAGUGAUGGACAAUAAACACUUUUCACCAUCAGCAUCAGAGGCUGGUCUCAUUAACCGAUCAGCAGCCUUCGAUGGAGAUCUGGGGUUAUGCUGAUGGGCAGAAAUACAUUACUACAAACAGUGUGUUCUUGAACCUCUUUCAGUCUUUGAUUGAACCAUGCUGUACUCCAUUAUAUUUGGAAUACAGCUAUAGGAUUUUUCUGUAAAUGCAUGAGACCUAGAAAAAUUUAUAGCUCAAAAACUACUACAGUUAUGAUUUCUUUAAGUUUUGCCCUCUGAGUUAGAUUUCAGUAUUUUACAGAUUUGGAUGUGAAUUCUGAACGGCACCAACCGCUUAGUUUUCUUUUGUCCUGAACAUCCAAGUUCCCAGGGCACUUUUGUGACAGGAAAAGACUUCAGGAACAAAGUCGGAGGUACACUGGAGCACACAGAUUUCACAGACUUUGAUGAGAAGACGUUUCCAUCUUGACUCACGUGGCGCUCAAAUUUAUUCUCAUGAAAGUUCCUGAAAUUGUUCCUGUCACACAGUGAGAGAUCAUUAAGAUAGUUGCUGAGUGAAAAUUCAUAUCCCCACUAGUUUUCACUGCCUCGCGACCAAAACGUGGUUCUGUAUAGUAGUAAUGUAGCUCAUUCACAUCUUGGAGUUAUUUGGUCCUGCCUUAAAGUGCAACAGAUCGUGUUAUAUACAGCUUCAGAGCUGAAAAUAUACUCUAUGGGUUAUUUUGACUGUAGAUUUUCCCAAGGAUUAUUUUAAUUUCCUUGAAAUUUGGAUGUUGGAUGUUUAAGAGAAAUUUCGACCCAAUCCAAUGAAAAUAAUUGAUCGCCAAACGCGAGCAUUCUUAAUACAGCAUUAAGAAGAGCCGUGUAAUAAGUGAUCAUAAACUACUGUGCAGAGGCUCUUCACCUCACUAGACAAUCCAGGAAUAUUGACAUGACUGUGUGCCGUGUGGCUUUGGUUAUGGAGCCUUUUCUUAUGUUAUGUCUGUUGUUUGAAACACUGUUAAUGUUACGCGCAGGGGAAUGUGGAGUACUGUUGAGAUCUGCAUUUUCUUUAACUGUGAACAGAACAUUUCUCCUCAAUAAAAAUGGUCAUUUCAAGCUC